GAAUCACUCACAUGAUUCGUCAAUCGGAUUAUUUACUGCAAUAUCCAUAGAAACGUUCCAUAGCAUGAUGUUUCUGAAGGCUUUAGAGCUGAUUUCUUUAAACCUGGUAACACAAGAAAAACUGAGGCUUUGCUGGCCUUGACGGUGAGCUACUGGCCUAUAUAUACCAAAUGGGGGCCACUAAAGGUAGCAUAAUUGAAGUGGGUCAAGUGGAAAUAAGUGCAAUGAGGUAAUGUGCCUUUCGUCGGUCCUCAGGUGUUUCAUUAUUUCUCUUUGACAGAUACUUGUGGAUAUUCUCGGUCAUCCAGGUCUUCAUAAUAAUCUCCAAAGCAGUUUUAAAAAUAGGCAAUUGGACUCACCCCAAGUUAUUUGAAGACGUUGGCCACUUUACUGGACACCACACCCACCUUUGGGGUGGAUAUAUAAAUACCUGCAACACCCCACCAGGACAGUAGAACUGAUGAAGCUUCUUGGAUGAGAAGCGAAACGUCUUCAGUUUACUUGGUGAAGAAGGAAAAAGACAGGAAACCAGAGGCACACAUUUAUCACACAUUGCUUCCUGCUAACUAGCAGCCCAUCACAGCUUCAGACCUUGAGACAGAUUCUUGGCAGGAAACUGUCUGUGACACUCACAACAUCUGCAGUCAUGGACGCAGCAGCAUUAUGCUCAGUGGCAGCCUUGCUCACGGUUGUUCCCAACCAAUCCCAGUUCUUCCAACACGAGUCAGUGACUCUGAAGUGUCAGCCUCUGGGAAACCUCCUGGAUUGGAAAGUGAUGAGGAACACGUCCAAACAUACCAACAAAGAGUGUCUCAGCUCAGGCAACAGCACCGACAAAUCCAGCUGCUUCCUGGAUUACCUCAUCCCGUCAGACUCUGGGGUUUAUUGGUGUGAGUCCGGACCAGGGUUCUACAGCAACACCAUCAACAUCUCUGUCACAGGUGGUCAUGUGAUCGUGGAAGUUCCAGUCUUUCCUGUGGUUGAGGGAGCCAACGUGACUUUGUUCUGCAAAGGCAGAGAUUCCCCCUCGCUCUACUCCUCCAACAGCCUGACGGGGACUUUCUACAAGGACGGGGCUCUGGUGGAGAGCAGCUCGGCAGGAAUUUUGACCAUCCACAAUGUCUCCAAGUCAGACGAAGGACAUUACAGUUGUGCCUCAGGAAAGGACACGUCUCCUGAAAGCUGGCUCACUGUCACAGUGACCACAGGAGGGAGCACCGUAGCAGCAGGAAAGUGUGGCCUCGACCACUGUAUGGAGCUGUGUUUGUUGUCAGGUCAGUGUGUGGGUGUCUGUGAUGAGAAAAGAAAUCUUCAAAGACCUCAAACCUGUCUCCUGUGCAUCCUGCUGCCUGUCGUGGUCGUGUUACCGACCUCAACGUUGUUGAUGCUGUUCUGCUUCCACAGACGCCGAAAAGUGAAAAAAGCUGAUGUUUUGUACACAGACAUCAUCAUCACCCCGGUUGUCCAGCGUAAGCAGCCAAGCAGCGAUGUGGAUGGGGUUUUCACUGUCUACUCAACACUCAAGCCAGAGCUUCAGAACAUGAGGCAGGGGCUGCAGCCCAGAGCCUAAACCUGGUCCUGGUCCCCGUGCUAGUCCUGGUCCUGGUCCUGGUCCUGGUCCUGGUCCUGGUCCCCGUGCUAGUCCUGGUCCUGGUCUCCUUCGUUCCUUAUUCCUACCUGUUUAUUCUCUUAAUUUCUCUGAGGAUGUUUUGUUUCUUGUUUUCUUUUUUUUUUUUUAUGUGUUUAAAGUCUUUGUUCAUCAGGAGUUCUAAGAAUUGUUACAGCAUUUCAACUUCAGUAGGUGGCAGUAAAGUGAACACCUGUGAGUCUUAGGUGUGUAUUUGUGUCAUUUGCCUGUCUAAUGUAAUAAACAUUCACAUGA